GACGUGACUCGCUACCGAGACAGCACCAUGUUCUUGCUCAUUAGCUGUUUUGCCCUCGUGGCAUCCGCUUUCGGGUGUGGAGUGCCCGCCAUCAGGCCUCAGGUCAGCGGACAUGGCAAGAUUGUGAAUGGAGAAAACGCUGUGUCUGGGUCUUGGCCCUGGCAGGUUUCUCUUCAGGAUGGUAGAGGAUUUCACUUCUGUGGAGGAUCCCUGAUCAACCAGUACUGGGUUGUGACUGCUGCACAUUGCCGCGUGUCUCCAAGAAGCCACCGUGUUAUCCUGGGAGAACAUGAUCGUCAGUCCAACAGUGAGCAAAUUCAGGUCAAGGCCAUCUCCAGGGCCAUUUCUCACCCCUACUACAACGCCCAGAACUUCAACAACGACAUUACGCUGCUGAAGCUGUCCUCCCCAGUGCAGUUCACCUCCCGGAUUUCCCCCGUGUGCCUGGCCUCCUCCAGCACCAGCAUCCCCUCUGGAACCACGUGUGUCACCACUGGAUGGGGCAAGACUGGCCAGACCUCGAGCCCUCGUUUCCUCCAGCAGACCUCUCUGCCUCUGCUCAGCCCUCAGCAGUGCAGGAGCUACUGGGGCCACAACAGAAUCACUGACGCCAUGAUCUGCGCUGGUGCCUCCGGCGUGUCCUCCUGCCAGGGUGACUCUGGUGGCCCUCUGGUCUGCCAGAGCGGUGGUGUGUGGAGUCAGGUGGGCAUUGUGUCCUGGGGCACCUCUAACUGCAACGUGCGCACCCCCGCUGUGUACGCCCGUGUGUCCUACCUGCGCCAGUGGAUCGACCAGACCGUCGCUUACAACUAGAGCGCAAACCCACAAUGCUCCAGCACAAGCUCAUCAUAUGAAUUUCUACCACCACUUCAUACAGCACGGAUGAGAACUUGAUGCAACAGCAUCGAUUACAAAACGGUAGCAGCGUCACACUGCACUGCUGUCUCGUGCUUUUGUCAAAGGUCAAUAAACUCUUAAGUUUAAGA